AAAAGAGAAAGUUUCCAAGAUGGCUGCGUCGCCCUGCCUGUCCGCUGGAAAACAAUAGAAGCAGCGCAGAGGGACGGAAUCAGCCCGUUCUACCGACGAACACGCUCUGAAUCCCCGCAUAUCCCGACUCGGGCUCGUCCGGGAGGUGGAUUGUCCGCGGCGGUGACUCGGGAGAAAUAUAAUUAAAGUAUAAUGAUUUAUUUAAACGUUUGAGGCUAGCCAACCCUGCUAGCCGAGAUAACGUUAGCCCGUCUAUCCAAAACACAGCAGCUAGCGGCUAACGGCUAGCGGGAGGCGGAGGAUCAGCUGUUUGCUACACAGAUGCUGUAGGAAGAGCGGACGGCAACACUCUCACAUGAGUGCCGCUGUGACUGAAGGCCAUUAGCAAGACAAAGGUCGCCUCCAUGGAGCCAGCACAGGAGUCUUUGUAAAGGGCGAGGGGGGGUGAAAAAGAGCCAGAUUCAGCAUUUUAUGGACGAAACCUGAGCCGGGAGUUUACUACAAGUCUUUAUUGAUGAUGGCGGAUUUUGUUACACCGCGACACAGCGCGGUGAUGGAGCGGCUCCGCCGGAGGAUCGAGCUCUUCCGGCAGCAUCACAACAGCUGCGAGAGCCGCUACGAGAACGCGACGCUGGAACGGCUGGAGCUGGAGAGGCAGCAGACCUUCGCCCUGCACCAGCGCUGCCUGCAGGCCAAAGCCAAGCGGUCCAACAAGCACCGGCAGCCCCAGACCAGCGGCGACCAGGCCGGCCAGAGAGCGCCGGGCGGCGGAGGAGGAGGAGGCGGCGGCAGCGCGGAGCACGGAGAGAGCGGCGGGUCGGCGGCGGAGCAGAGCCGGACCAGCACGCUGAUAGCGCUGCAGGAGACGGUGAAGAGGAAGCUUGAGAGCGCCGGUUCUCCGCUGGGCAGAGAUCAGGUCAACGGUUACAGCGACGGCUUCCCCCCCAACAAGAAGACCUGCCUGGACAACGGCACCACCAACGGCUCCCCGCUGGACUCCAAACUGGGCAUCACCGACUCGCUCAGCUCCAACGGGACCCACGGGCCGGCGGGGGAGACGGCGGAUGUCGGCGGGGAGCCGGGGUCGGACUUCCAUCGAAAGGAGAUGAAGCAGGAGCCGGACGACAUCCUGCCCAUCAUGCCUCCGUCAGGCGGCGGCAACAACAGCCUGUUCCCUGACCUGAACCUGAAUGAGCAGGAGUGGACGGAGCUGAUGGAGGAGCUGAACUGCUCCGUGGCCUACGAGGACAUCCAGGACAUCCUCAACGACGGCUUCGAGGACCGCAAAGACCCGCUGGAGCUGGCGCCCACUUCUGGUGGAGGAGCGUCGGUGGGAGGAGCAUCAGGUGGAGCAGCAGGAGGAGGCCAGUCGUCGGGGCUCCUCCCUCCAGAUCUGGUCAGCGUGAAGGCCGAGUUCUCUCCGGCCUCGGCCGUCUUCGAGCAGGACUCUCGGACCGGCUCCCCCCACGUCAGGUCCACCUCCUCCGGACCACCUCCUCACCCCACCAGCUCCCCUGUUGCCUCCUCCUCUGCCUCCUCUCCGGCCCUGCCCCCCUCCCAGCCGGCUCCUGCCCCCAGGCAGCUGCAGCCUCCUCCCAACCACCUCCUCCCUCCGGGGCCCCCGGGGCCCAAAGACCUGUCCCCCGCCCAGCAGCUCCAGCAGCUGGCCGCCCAGCAGCAGCGAGCCCAGCACCUCCACGGCCAGAUCCACAAGCAGCCGCAGCCAGGGGCCAAGUUCCACAGCCAGGCGCCCCAUGCCCACCCCUCGCCGUGGCCCCAGUUGGCCAACACCUCUCAGAGCUCACUAGGGCCCAGCUUUGGUAUGGACAAGCCCACAAGCCCCUCCCUGUACCCGCAGGACUUCAACACCAACCCCCAGAAGCCGCUGCUGAUGCCCGGUCAGCCCAACAAGGGCUCUCCCAAGGCGGGGGCUGGCAGCUACAUGCAGGGGCCCUCCGGACACCCCAACAUGCUGGGUCACCUGACGUCGGGGCCGCCCCUCAGCCACCCGCCGGCCGCUGGAGCUCAGGCUCCGACCGCAAUGCUGAACUACAACAACACCAAACCUCUGUCGCACUUUGAGGCGGGGCCCGGCCCGCCGCGGCCCACCAACGCCCAGAACCAGAACAAGGCGGCCCUGCUGACGCUGCUCCGACAGCAGCAGCAGAUCAAACAGAAGAACAGCAUGAACUUCCGGCAGCACAUACCGCACUCACAGGACCAGAACUCGUACCCGGCUCCUCCUCACGGCCCCGGCCCUGCCAGCGCCAUGACGUCAGCACCCGGGAACAACGGCAUGUCGGCCCAGCCGGGGGCCAACGCCAUGGCGGGUAACCAGGCGUACCUGAACAGCCAGGUGGUGGCAGCGGCUCUGAAACAGCAGCAGCAGCAGAUCCUGGAGCAGCAGAAGCAGCAGUACAUGCAGAGGCAGCAACUCAUGGCUGAACAGGAGAAGCAGCGACAGCAGGACCAGCAGCUGCAGCGACACCUGACCCGACCUCCCCCUCAGUACCAGGACCAGCCGGGACCGCCGGCCAAUCAGAACCCGUUCCCUCAGCAGCCAGUCAACCAGUUUACAGCAUCCUCUCAGCCAAUGAGCAGCAUCGGCUCCAUGGGAGGCCCCGCCCCCAGCUCCCGUAUGUUCCCUCAGAACCAGAGCAUGCUGGGUAUGAACAUGGGUCAGGCUGGAGGGCCGGCGGGAGGCGUGGCUCCGCCCCCAGCCGCCAGCCAGGCUGACAUCAGUCUUUCUUCCUGUGGUGGUGGAGGGGGCGGGGCCGGCUACAGCAGCAUGAACCUGCACCCCGCCCACCCGGCUCACCCGCCUCAGCAGGCCGCCCUGCAGCGCCAGCCCCUGGGCGCCAUGAGCGCCUCCUACAGGCAGAACCUCCUGCAGCAGCAGCACCUGAAGGCGCAGCCCAACGCCGCCAUGUUGAAGCAGCAGCAGCAGCUGGCCGCCGCCGCCCGCAUGCCGGGCGCCAUGCAGGGCAGCAUGGGAGGCGGCCUCUCUGGGUCGAUGCCCGGCGGGAUGACGGGCGGUCAGAACGCCGCCUGGCAGCAGCAGCUCGCCAACCAGCCGCCCUCCAGUAACGCAGGCCUGCCCCCCAACGCCUUCAGCAGCCCCCCCAGCGCCUUCCACAUGCAGCAGCAGCAGCGCAUGGCCAAGAUGCCGCCGGGCUCCGCCCCUUUUGGCUCCAACCCUGCUGGACGUCCAAUGGGAGGUCUGAACGCCGGGCAGCAGAUGAUGCAGACAAACAUGGCUGCCGCCCAGCAGAGGGCGCCACCUAACCCCCAGAGCCUGGGCCAGCCGAUGGCCAAUCAGCAGCAGGCUCAGCAGCAGCAGGCCAAUCAGAACCAGGCCGUCCUCUCUGACUUGGCGGCGUUCGGACAGCCGCAGGGCAACAGUCGCCAGGGACUACAGUGUAACCAAGGAUACCAGGUGAGCAGGACUGCUGGUCAGCAGCAGCAGCAGGUGUCGUUCGGAUACAACGUGGCGUCGGGAAGCUUCGCCGCCGAGAGCGAGCUGGUGGACUCGCUUCUGAAGGGCCAGAGCACGCAGGAGUGGAUGGCCGACCUGGACGAGCUGCUAGCCAGCCACCCCUAGAACACCUGGAGCACCUGGACCUGCAGCCGUUAGCGUUAGCCGCCUAGCUGAGGCCUCGUUCUCCGUCUCUCUGCUCUCCAACUGUGGACGACGUGUUUGUGAUCCGACUGAAGCUCGGUCCGGUCGGUAGAACACGUCGACCCACAGCGUGUGGACCCGCCGCCAGAUCACUGUAACCAAGAAACAGGAAGGAGGGUCAUCAGAGAACAGCCAAUCAGCAGCCAGGGCUCAGAGGUCAGUCAGCUCAGUGGAUCAGCUGCUUUAGAGUAAACUAAGGUGUCGGCUGACCCACAGCUGAGCAGAACCAGACUCAGAACCAGAACCACACUCUUGGUAGAACCAAAGUCUCCAUGAAACCUGCAGAAACCAGUAGAAACCCUCCAAUACGGCAGCGAUCGAUCGAUUUACAUCUUUACUGAUCAAGUAUGAAAUAAUUGUUAUCUGUGACAAAGAAAUGAUGGUGAACGUUAAAAAUACGAUAAAAUAAGCAGCCAAUAAUGUUUUAUUUUGGUUUUAAAGGAUUAAAUCACAAUAUUUAAUUUCAGCUGGAGGUGAAAGUUCUACAGAUUGUUUCCUGUCGUCCAGAUUAGUUUUCAUUCUCUACAACUGACUGGCAGAUGGAUGAAAUAUCAAAUAUUCUCUGCAGUUUCUGCUAAUUUAAUCAAACCCUAACAGAAAUUGAUUGAAACCAAACCUCUGUAAAUCUGCUGAGAAAUUAUUUAAAAUCAGUGUUUGGAACUACAGGUCGUUACAGGAUGUUGGUUAAUAUUGGAUAAUUCAGCUGCUUUUAAAGGCCGUCAGCUGUGAUAUCAUAACUUAAAUCUACUUCUGUUAUUACUUUAGGUUUUACUUUUUUCACCGUAGCAACAGAACAGAUUGAAGAUGUUCCUCCUUUAAAGUUGAUCUCACUUCAUUGAGUUACCAAACCAUGUUAAACUGGUUUCUGACUGGUUUCUGACUGGUUUCUACCAGGAGUGUAAACCUGUUGGGCUGCAGACUGACUGUACAUGGAGAUUAGUAGUGUGUAUGUAUAUAAAUAUAUAUAAAUAUUCUAUCACACACUGCAGCGUUUAUGGAUUGAGUGGCACUAAGACUACUACUGAACCUAUGGCUCAGUGCUGAACCACUGUACCUGCCCCCACAGCGCCACCUAGAGGCCGUCAGCUUGAAGGAAACCGACACGAGUCAUUUUAAAGGACCGCUCUGUGUUUUUGUACGUCUUUUACUGCAAGUUUUAAGCUGGAAUUUGAUUUAAAAAAAAAAAAAAAAGACUCCAAACUUGAUCCCAUCUCUAUAUUUACUGUUAUUGCCUCAUUACGACUCCAGCCAGCUGAUUUUCAUACUGUAGAGAAAUACAUGCAGAGAAGUGCUGCUGGAUAUUAAAAUAUCUGAAACACUUCAGCUGGUUGUGUUCAGGAAAAUGAUCUGCAGUCGUGAGGAGUGAUUCUCCAGCAGCUCGGAGUUAAAUUCAUGAGAAAUAUCGCUCUGCUGGUGGCUGUCGGUGUCUUUAAUGAGACGUUUCUCCUCUUUUGUCUGAAGGAAACGCUGCACAAAUGUUAGAUCUGCUUUAAACUCAACACUUAGAUUCACUCUUUAGUCCGUUCAGAAUCAUCCUGUCACUGUAAAACCUACAGAAACAGAGAAGUGGUCCUUUAAAAUGAGAUGAAACAAGCACAUUGACCAGCUCCGCUCUGCCCUCUCAACACCUUUUAGACCCUCGGAGUUAAACAUCACUGAAAACUUUCUGCUGCAGUUUCAAUCUGCAGCGUCUCUUCUGUUCAAAAUCUGUUAAAAUCUGAACAAGAACACGACGGCUGCUGCUGUGAUGAGUCUUAUUUCAGUCUUAUUAAAAACGAUAUGUUUCGCAUGUCGACAUUUUUCACCGUUUUCUGACCUUUUAGAGACUCAACAGAAGAUAACUGACAGUAAAAAUAGAAGCUAGCUGCAGCUCUAACAGCAAAAUGUUUCUUUAAUCUUCAAAUUAAGAAUUUUAUUCUCAGUAACAAGUGAAAAUUAAUGGUCCCGGUUUGCCUUGAUAACGAGUGUAGAGUUUAAUAUUUACUGUUUAAAACCCUCCAACUGAUGCUUCAGUCCAGAAAAUUAUCAACAGAUGUGAGAAAAAUCAUCAACCGCAGCUCUGGUUGGUUUAGAGAUAAAGAAAUGAAACUUCAGAGCUUCUGUCAGACUGUUACUGAAGUUAAAUGUCUCCUGGAGUUUCCAACAAACACGUUAAAGACUUAAAGCUGCUCUGAUCAGUUUAGACCAAACUAAUCGAUUGUUCUAUGAAAUAAUCAGCAAUCUACAGUGAAAAUAAUCGUUAGCAGCAGCUCCACCACCUCCGAAGAAACAAGAAAAUUAACUUUAAACUUUUCAUUUUUUAAAUUAAUGAACAUUAAAAUCUUAGCAUCAGAUGUUCUGUCGGACUUUUCCUCAAUUUAAAACGUCUCCUGGAGUUUCUAACAAACACAUUAAAGACUUAAAGCUGCUCUGAUGAGUUUAAAUCUGGACGCUGUUUACGUUGAGUCCACACGGUUCUCACUACAUUCGUCUCCGUAGACCAGCGACGAUUCAUUGUUCUCGUUCCUCUGUCUGACGGCCGUCGUCCCGUUUAAGGCGGACCAGCGAGCGGUCGUCCUAUCUACUGUACUGUUGUUGACUUGUUCAAGGAUUUGUGUUUUUUUGCAGACUCGUUGUGUAUUUUAUUUGUACCGUUCUGAUAAACGCUGGUUUGGGGCUGGUUUCGUGUUUCCGUCGCUCCGAUCCUCCGGUCGAGUCUUGGGUUUCCGGACCUUUCUGGGUUGAACUGUUGUGAAGGGGCUCUGUGUAAAUGUCUAUAAAUAUAUUUUUUUGUAUGUAAGCCUUUCCUAAUGACCUGGAGAAGAUAGAAGUUAUUUUUAUAUAUUGCAGCGGAGUUUUUGUAAGUAUUUUAUACUUUUGAUAUGGUUCUCUGUAAAACAAGAGUAUUAUGUAAAUAUAGUUCUUUAGAAACAA